AUGUCAGACGAAUACAGGAACAACGGCGCAAAUGGAUCUCUUGUCAACGAUUCACUGGCCGACUCCGGAAUACCCCCAAACGCGAGAGACGCUGCCACGGGUAAUUACCCUCCGCCUGGCGACUCGACGUCUUCUGGCGGCUAUGGCUCAUCCAUAGAUUCCUUUUCGCCUGCCGCACAGCGUGGCGCCAUCCAACAGUCUACCAACGGCACGGACCUCACCUCGGAGAUUCAAGAUGCCAAGCAAGGCGUCGACGAGGACACUAGAAGAGAUGUGACCGCCGAUAAACUUAGAAAAGGUCUCAAUCCUUACGCAGGCGAUUCACUCGAAAGCAAAGAAGAAGCUCGGGAAGCACUUGCGGAUCGCUUCUCGCCUCGGAAGUAA